UCUACAAUUUCAUUACGACCGGAUUAAAAUUUUUUUUCACUCGUUAAACUGUAAACGCAUACGUUUUGUUUUAAUUAUUAUUUAAAAAAAAUAAUAUAAAAUAUAAAUAAAUAAAAGUAUACGCGGUGUAACUAUAAUUACAUUAAUUGGUUGAAUCAAUUUUUUCAUAUACAUAUAACAAUUUAAUUUAAUUAGCGCGUCAGACGUUGAACAAGAAAAAAAUCUUAACGAAUUUCAUCAAAAUCUAUCAAAAAAAUUAUUAGAGAAAACAACAAAAAAGAAAAUGUCAUCAACAUCAGCUAAUAAAAAUAAUGAAAGAUGGCAUGAUAAUGACUCUGAAAUCUCAGAUUCAGAAACAUUUUUGGCCAAAGGUGCAUUCUUAUUAACACCAUCAUAUGAAUUAUCUAUGGAAAGGGCCGCUCUAAUAUGUGAGAAAAUGAGUUUCAAAGGAUGUUUCAGUUUAACAAAAACUGCAACUGGAAUAUUAUUUAAAUUUUCUCAUCCAGAUGAUUAUCAGGCUGUAUUUAAAAAAGGUUUCCAUAAAGUAACCGGAGCUAGAUUUUAUAAAAAAGUUGCUGUACCAUGUCGACCACAAAAAACAUUUACACUUUAUGUGUUAGAUGUGCCAGAAGAUAUUCCAGUUGAAGAUAUUCGUCAUGCACUUUAUAAAUUUAAUUCGGUUGUUGAAGUUGUACGUUUGGUUGUAUCUAAUGUAGCACAUAAAAAGGAUCAAACGGUUAAUGAAGAUGGAACAGCAACACCUGUUAAAGAUCCAAAACCAGGCGAGUCUUUGACAAAUAAAGAAGCUCCACCACCACUAAUUCGAGUUACUUUGGCAUCAUUGGAUGAAUUCAAUAUACUAUUACAAAAUGGAUUGAACUUUUAUGAUGCAACAUUCUUUCCAACUGAUGCAAAUUUACCAGUUACUGCUGGUAAAAUUGUUUAUAAACGAAGACUUAUGGAUGGUACGAUACCAGGGCGUGUAAGAGAAUUACUUCCGGUAUUUGAUGCUGCUGGUUUUUGUAAAAUUCCACCUCCAGCACGCAAAAUUAUUAAGCCAGUAAAAUAAAAUAAUAAGAAAAGAAUAUAAUAUAAAAUUAUAAAAUAACAAAAAAAACACAAAAAAAGAAUAAGAAUUAAAAUUAGAAAAAAAAAAGAAAAUAGAAUAAAACGCGUAGGCAAUAUAGAACAAGCUAUUGUUUUCAAUCUAUUGAAUAAUUUUUUAUUUUUAUAAUUUUUAAUUCAAUUCUCAAGAAAUAAAAGAACAGAAAAAAAACAAUACUAAGAAAAAUUGUAACAUUAAAAAAUUUAUUUUCUCUUUAUUUUAUUAAAAUAAUUUAUUUUUCAUUUCAUUUCAAAUAUUGUUAUUUAUAUACAAUAAUACAAAAAUAAUGUGCCAUUCAAAUAGUAUUUGAAAACAAAACAAAUUUGAAAAAAAAAAAAACAUUUUUUUUUUCAUACUUUUUAAUUUUUUAUUUAAAUCGAAAUGAUGUCAAAAAAAUGAAAAUUGUGUGCCUAGCUGCAUAGCUAGCUAGCUAUAUCAAAAUAUUA